AAGACAGAACGUGGUUUGGGUGGUCCCCAUUGAAAACUGAGUUUCAACAGUACAAACAAUUGUGACUCAGUAUAGUAAACUGAGCUUAGCUGUAUAUGAAUUCCGCCAUUACCAAUUCUCUCUCAAAUCUCUGUAAAAAAAUGAAUAUUCCCUUUAUGUCAAACCCUCAAUCCUAUCUCCUACUCGUUUUGCUUAUUUUCUCGCAAUCACAGAUAAUCCGCUGCCGGAAUCUGGUCCUUAAUCAACAACAACAACAAUUUAAUAACGGCGCCGGCGACGGCGAUGAUUCUCUCACAUACAUUUGGCCGUUGCCUAGGCAGCACACUUCCGGCAACCAAACCCUCACCGUUAACCCCAAUCUCUCGCUCGUCACAAGCGGAAAUGGCAGCAAUUCUCUUAUCGUUUCCGAAGCAUUUGAUAGAUACAAAAAAAUCAUAUUCAAACACACCAGCUCGAAGCUGCCCGGCACCGGAAUUGACUACGAUCUUAACAAGCUCAGCGUCGUUGUUCACUCAGACAACGAAGAGCUCCAACUUGGAGUUGACGAGAGCUACACUUUGAUGGUGGCUGCGACCGAUAAGCUUUCGAUAAUUGGGGAAAUCACAAUUGAGGCAGAUUCCGUCUACGGCGCUUUGCGUGGUCUAGAGACUCUAAGCCAGCUAUGUGCUUUUGAUUAUGGAACCAAAUCAGUAAAACUAUACAAUGCUCCAUGGUACAUCCAGGAUAAGCCGAGAUUCAAAUAUCGCGGGCUUAUGCUUGAUACUUCGAGGCACUAUUUACCAAUGGAAAUAAUCAAGCAAGUUAUAGAAUCUAUGUCAUAUGCUAAACUUAAUGUCCUCCACUGGCACAUCAUAGAUGAAGAGUCAUUUCCACUUGAAGUGCCAACAUAUCCAAAUUUGUGGAAAGGCGCAUACACGAAAUGGGAGAGAUAUACCGUAGAUGAUGCUUCUGAAAUUGUUAAUUUCGCAAAAAUGAGAGGUAUUAAUGUUAUGGCAGAAGUUGACGUUCCUGGGCAUGCAGAGUCAUGGGGAACAGGAUAUCCCGAUCUUUGGCCGUCUGCUUCCUGCAAAGAGCCUCUGGACGUGUCUAAAAACUUUACAUUUGAUUUGAUCUCUGGCAUACUGUCAGAUAUGAGGAAGAUUUUUCCGUUUGAACUUUUCCAUUUAGGUGGUGAUGAGGUUCAUACAGAUUGUUGGACAUCAACUCCACAUGUGAACCAAUGGCUUCAAGAUCAAAAUAUGACGGGUAAAGAUGCAUACAAAUAUUUCGUACUCAGAGCUCAGGAAAUAGCAGUAGCAUUAAAUUGGACUCCAGUUAACUGGGAAGAAACCUUCAACAGCUUCCCAGAAAGUCUGAACAACGAGACUGUGGUGCAUAACUGGUUGGGAUCUGGUGUUUGCCCAAAGGCAGUUGCAAAAGGUUUUAGAUGCAUAUUUAGCAACCAAGGUGUAUGGUAUCUUGACCACUUGGAUGUGCCUUGGGAUUCAGUCUACUAUGCCGAUCCAUUGGAAGGGAUAACAGAUUCUUCGGAACAAAAACUCGUGCUUGGUGGAGAAGUUUGCAUGUGGGGUGAAACAGCCGAUGCCUCGAAUGUUCAGCAAACAAUAUGGCCUCGAGCAGCAGCGGCUGCAGAGCGCUUAUGGAGCGAGGCGGAUUCUGCAUCGUCAAGAAACACAAGUGUUCUGCCAAGAUUGGAGUAUUUCCGUUGUCUUUUGACGAGGCGUGGAGUUCAAGCUGCCCCAGUUCAAAAUUUCUAUGCUCGAUCUCCACCAACCGGCACAGGAUCAUGCUACUCCCAGUGAAUUAAAGCAAGCUCAUUAUAUUUGUGUUGGAUUCGAACAUAUAUAUAUUUCUGUAAGUAAUCGAUUAAUUUCCAUUUCUGUUACGUGUUAUUGUAUCGUCAAUCACGACUGCCUCGAAGUAAUAUCGAUUUUUCUAAUGACGGUUGGUAAGAGUCAGGUAUCUUAAUCUAUUAUAUGUUUUCU